AUGGCUGCCGUUAUCACUCUCCAGUCGUCCACGACGGCUGGCCCUGCGGCUACAUCUGCAGCUCCCUUUCAACAGCCUCACCCCUCAGACCACCACCACCUUCGAGCCCGUUCGCAACAGCAGCAGGCUAGCUCGACUCCUGCGCCUAUCUCGCCCUCCUCUACCUCCAUUGGAUCAUUGCCCCGUCUGCCGGCACCUGGUCGGGAUGGGUCAAGUUGUGACGCCUGUCUGCGUAGAAAGAGCCGGUGCGCCAUGAACGAAAUGGUCAAUAAAUGCUACUCAUGCGAUUUCCAUCGCCAGGAGUGCACCUUCACUCUCAGCCGUCCAGGUACGGCAGAUGCACAAUCUAAAAAGCGAAAACUAGAAGAUCCCACCCCCGAGGAUGUGGACACUACCAAGAGGUAUGACGAUGUGUUUUCUUCCUCGUGGGGAAUCUUACCCCAAUGCCGAUCUCGGACGUCAUAUCAAGUUAUGUCAGCAGCCCUCUCACCAGUUUCCAAGACAGAUGUCUCCCGCUCACCUGUGAAUGGUCACAACCUCCUGAUCCCGUCCGGGUAUUGGUCCCAGUCGGCUAAGUACAUUGGCAUGACCACUGAGUUAGAGCCUGCCCUACUUGAACAUCUUCCUCUUGACCAGAACGACGAAGGAGUUGUUGCAUCAGCCCGGGUACGUAAGAUCGGUAACGACGGUACCUUUAUGCGUGUCGUCGAGCCCCCAUCCCAGGCGGACUCUCCGUCCAUCUCGCUCGAUGCUAUCGAGAGCCUGGUUGCUCCCUAUGGAUCCACCUUGGUGGAGAAGUACUUUGAAAGCAUCCAUCCGGUGUUUCCCAUCCUGAUGGAGGAUGCCUUUCGUCAGUCAUAUCGGACCAGACAAGGGCUUUCCCCGCUCUUACUCUCAGCUGUUUAUGUCUGCGCUUUGAAGUUUGUGGAUAUUGGCCCUGCCUCGCAGUCGGUGCGACGUCCGGAUGCUGGCCGUCUCGAGAGCACCGCGCUCCGACUUCUGAUUGAGUCCUUGCCCCAUGCAACUAUCUCGACGAUCCAGGCCGGACUACUUCUUAUGGAGAAGUCCACCAUCGCGACUCAUGCAUUGAAUGCCCAGCUGGUCACCGCUGGGUUCGAGCUUGGGCUGCACCAGGACUGCAGUGGCUGGAACAUGGAGACCUGGGAAAAGGGGUUGCGGAAACGGCUGGCGUGGGCCCUGUAUAUGCAGGACAAAUGGUCGGCGCUGAUUCACGGGCGGCCCUCCCACAUCUUCGCCUUCAACUGGACCGUCAAGGACUUGGUAGAACAGGAUUUCACCGAGGCCUUCCACACGGACAACGCGCAGCAGGACGAUGCAGACGUCGGCCACGGUCCGCUCUUUUUCUGCCACAUGGUGGCGCUGACCACCAUCCUGUCUGACAUUCUCGACCGAUUCUACACUCUUCAAGCGAUCGAGGAGUUCAAAGCGGCUGGCGCGAACCGAACACGCAUGAUCCUGGAGCGGGCCAAACCGGCCCAGAUCCGACUGAAGGAAUGGUUUGCAUCGCUGCCGCCGCAACUGAAGAUGGACUCGAGCAUAGACCUCUUCGACACGGUCACUGAAGACACCGCCCGCAACGGGCCCCUCCACCUCUCCUACUUCGCAACCGAAAUCACCCUCCACCGCUGCAUCAUCCGGUCCCUCUCCCCGGACACGGCCGACGCCUACCUCUCCCACAUCUGCCGCUCCGCCGCAAAGACGCGCCUCAUCUCAGCCAUGGACUUUGUCAACCGGCUGCGUCAGCCUCACCUCCGCUCAUUCUGGCCCGCCGCCUCCCGCACUAAUUUCUCACUCAUCGGCUCCUUCGGCAUCCUCCUGCGCAUCACCGCACCCACCAAGGAGGAGGCCGAGUUCUACCGUCUCCGCCUCUGCGAGUACCGCUGGACGCUGAGCGUCAGCCGCAAGCACGCUGAGUUCCUCGAAUUUGCCCUCGACAGCCUCGACAACGCCUGUAACCUCGACCACCACGUCCCCGGCAAACCGGGCAUCGACGAGCUGAUGACCAGCGCCGCCAAACCGACCAUCCACAACGCCCCUCUGCCCUCUGCUUCGCAGCUGGACGAGUCGAUGCUCGAGAUGGACCGCGCGCCGGACAGCACCCGCGGCGGCACCUCGUCUGUCGUCUCGGGCCUGGCCUCUCCGGCUACCUCCGUCAGCGACGAAAGUGUCCAGGAGGCCUCUGUUCCUCAAUUGUAA